GCGCGCGGCCGGAAGCGCUCGCGGCCUGCCUCGACAUCCGGGCCUUCUCGCUUCCCCGCCGUCUGAUUGGCUAGCCGGCGGACCGGGAGCUGCGGACCGGACGCAGCGCGGCUUCCGGCCCAGGGCAGCGGCGCGAGAAGGCACGGCAGAGUGACUGGUGUCCACAAUGGGCGACAGUGAUGAUGAAUAUGACCGCAGGCGCAGGGACAAGUUCCGGAGGGAGAGGAGUGAUUAUGACCGUUCUCGGGAACGUGAGGAUAGGCGGCGGGAUGAUUGGAGUGACAGGGAGUGGGAUAGGGGCAGAGAACGCCGGAGCAGAGGUGAAUACCGUGAUUAUGACCGGAACCGGCGGGAGCGUUUUUCACCACCUCGCCAUGAGUUGAGUCCUCCGCAGAAGCGUAUGCGGCGAGACUGGGAUGAGCACACGGCAGAUCCCUAUCACACGGGCUAUGAGAUGCCCUAUAGUGGAGUUUCCACUGGCCCCACAUACGGACCUCCCCAACCUUGGGCUCAUCCUGAAAUGCACGUGACACAGCAUCACAUCUUGCCUAUCCAAGCCAGGCUGGGGAACAUCGCAGAGGUGGAUCUGGGCAUUGCACCACCUGUGAUGAAGAGUUUCAAAGAGUUCCUCCUCUCUUUGGACGAUUCUGUUGAUGAGACGGAAGCUGUGAAGCGCUACAAUGACUACAAGCUGGACUUCCGGCGCCAACAGAUGCAAGAUUUCUUCCUGGCUCACAAGGAUGAAGAGUGGUUCCGGUCCAAGUAUCACCCGGACGAGGCUGGCCGACGGAAGCAGGACGCCCACAACGCCCUCCAGAACCGGCUCCGCGUCUUCUUGUACCUCAUGGAGAAUAGCUGGCUGGAGAACUUGCAGCUGGACAUCGACAAAGCCAGCGCCAUCAUCAAAGUCCUGGAUGCCGCUGUCAUUAAGAUGGAAGGGGGGACAGAAAACGACCUGAAAAUCCUCGACCAGGAAGAGGAGGAGGAGCGGCAGGAGAAGGCGGAGCCGGGGAAGAAGGAAGAGAGUCGGCUGCCGGAGCCGGACCGCAAAGCCUCGGAGAAGGACGGCAAGAAAGAGGAGGCCAAGAAGGCUAAUGACGAGGAGGUCUCGGAGGAGGUGGCCAAGAAAGCCUCGGAAGACGAGGAGAAGAGGGCCGCCGAGCAGAAAGAGGAGCCGGACAAAGAAGCCAAGAAGACCAGCCAUAAACGCAAGCGGAAGCGCAGCGGGAACGACAGCUACGACGAGGGCAGCGUCUCGGAGUCCGACUCGGAGUCAGAGAGCGGGCGCCCUGAAGAAGACGACAAGGGAGAGGAAGAGCCCAAGGAGGAGAAGGCAGCUGCCAAGGAAGGGGAGGAGUCCCCCAAAGCCAAGGAGAAGGAGGGGGAGCCCAAGCCCCGCCCCCUGCACAAGACCUGCUCCCUCUUCAUGCGCAACAUCGCCCCCAACAUCGCCCAGGCGGAGAUCGUGGCGCUCUGCAAAAGGUACCCUGGCUUCAUGAGAGUGGCGCUUUCCGAUCCCCAGCCGGAAAGGAGGUUUUUCCGAAGAGGUUGGGUUACGUUUGACCGCAGUGUCAACAUCAAGGAGAUCUGUUGGAACCUCCAGAACAUUCGGCUGAAGGAAUGUGAACUGAGCCCCGUGGUGAACCGCGACCUGGCCCGGCGUGUCCGCAACGUGAGUGGCAUCACGCAGCACAAGCAGAUCCUGCGCAACGACAUCAAGCUGGCGGCCAAACUGAUCCACACCAUGGACGCCCGCACCCAGCUGUGGGGCAGCGGAGACCCCCGCCCUGCUGCUGAAGUCUCUAGCCUGCCUUCGCAGAAUCCCAUCCUGAAGAAUAUCACGGACUACCUGAUUGAGGAGGUGAGCGCCGAGGAGGAGGAGCUGCUGGGCAAGAGUGGGGAGCCCUCCGAAGAGCCCCCCAAGGAAGGGAAUCCGGCAGAGAUCAACGUGGAGAGAGAGGAGAAGCUUGUCAAGGUGCUGGACAAGCUGCUCUUGUACCUGCGCAUCGUCCACUCGGUCGACUACUACAACAACUCCGAGUACCUCAGUGAGGAUGAGAUGCCCAACCGCUGCGGCAUCAUCCACGUCCGGGGGCCCAUCCCCCCCAACCGCGUCACCCACGGGGAAAUGACUGAGUGGCAGAAGACCUUUGAGGACAAGCUGACGCCCCUCUUCAGUGUCCGGGAGUCCCUCUCUGAGGAGGAGGCCCAGAAGAUGGGCAAGAAGGACCCGGAGCAGGAGGUGGAGAAGUUUGUCACAGCCAACACCCAGGAGCUGGGGAAGGACAAAUGGCUGUGUCCCCUCAGCGGGAAGAAGUUCAAGGGCCCCGAGUUUGUCCGCAAGCACAUCUUCAACAAGCACGCGGAGAAGAUCGAGGAGGUGAAGAAGGAGGUGGCCUUCUUCAACAACUUCCUGAUGGACGCCAAGAGGCCUGCCCUGCCUGAGCUCAAGCCCAACCAGCCGCCUGCCCCGGGACAAGGCAUGGCACCAGGGUUGCCUUACCCUCCCCAGGCCCCCCAGGGGUUGAUGCCCUACGGACAGCCUCGCCCGCCCAUCCUAGGGUAUGGAGGAGGCCCCCCGUACCCGCCUGCCCCCUACGCAGCCGGAAGGGGGAACUAUGACACCUUCAGAGGGCAAGGUGGAUACCUGAACAAACCGCGCAACAGGAUGGUUCGGGGCGACCCUCGUGCGAUUGUAGAAUACAGAGACUUGGAUGCCCCUGAAGACGUUGACUUCUUCUGAAUGAGACAUCCCGCCAUGUUGGCUGAAGCCCCCCAGCCCCUUCCCUCCAGCUCUUAUUUUUUAAUACUCCCUGUGUCCCGCUUGGCCUCCUCUGUGUGGGUUUCCUCCCUCUCCCCAGCCAAAGUCUUAGCCUGUACCCAUUUUUUGUACACUUCAGGUUUCCAUUUCCAGUUUGAUUUCAAUAAACUCUGCUGUUUGGACACCA